CAACCAGAGAGAGAGAGAGGGACAGAGAGAGAGAGAGGACACUGACUGACUGACCAGCUUUCUGACUCCAACCCCAAACACGUCUUCUGAUCAAACUGCAGCGGCGACUUCAGGAGAAGAAACUCACACAAAGGGGUUUUGUCUUGUCUCCUGUUCACCCCCCUGUUGUCCUGUAGUCCGGUCUGUUGUUCUAAAGCUUCGGGAUGCAGACCCAGACGAUGCAGAACCUGACGAUGCAGAAUCAGAUGAUGCAGAACCAGAUGAUGCAGAGCGCGAUGAUGCAGAACCAGACGAUGCAGAACCUGACGAUGCAGAGCGCGAUGAUGCAGACAUCUGUAGACUAUAAUAAUGGAUACACGAUGCAGACAUCAGUAGACUAUAAUAAUGGAUACAGGACUCAGAUGCAGGAACAGCAGAAUAAUGACUACACCAUCCAGGAGGACGAGUGGGACAGAGACCUGCUCCUGGACCCCGCCUGGGAGAAACAGCAGAGAAAGACCUUUACAGCUUGGUGUAACUCUCACCUGAGAAAGGCCGGGACCGGGAUCGAAAACAUCGAGGAGGACUUCAGGAACGGACUGAAACUCAUGCUGCUGCUGGAAGUCAUUUCUGGUGAAAGACUUCCCAAACCAGACAGAGGGAAAAUGCGCUUCCACAAGAUUGCUAACGUCAACAAAGCUCUGGAGUACAUCACCAGCAAAGGAGUCAAGCUGGUCUCCAUUGGAGCUGAAGAGAUUGUGGAUGGAAACAUUAAGAUGACUCUGGGAAUGAUCUGGACCAUCAUCCUGCGCUUCGCCAUCCAAGACAUCUCAGUGGAAGAAACCUCUGCUAAGGAGGGUCUUCUUCUAUGGUGCCAGAGAAAGACUGCCCCCUACAGGAAUGUCAAUGUCCAGAACUUCCAUGUCAACUGGAAGGACGGCCUCGCGUUGUGUGCCCUGAUACACAGACACCGUCCUGACCUCAUCGACUAUGCCAAGCUCAACAAGGAUGACCCUCUGGGUAAUCUGAACCUGGCCUUUGAAGUGGCAGAGAAACACCUGGACAUCCCCAAGAUGUUGGAUGCUGAAGACAUCAUCAACACCCCCAAGCCCGAUGAGAGAGCUAUCAUGACCUAUGUCUCCUGCUUCUACCAUGCGUUUGCUGGAGCAGAACAGGCAGAGACAGCAGCAAAUCGUAUCUGUAAGAUUCUGGGGGUCAACCAGGAGAACGAGAACCUCAUGGAGGAAUAUGAGACACUGGCCAGUCAGCUGUUGGAGUGGAUCCGUCGUAUGACCCCGUGGCUAGAGAACAAGUCCCCGGAGACGACCAUGGCGGCCAUGCGUGGUAAACUGGAGGACUUCCGAGACUACCGUAGACAACACAAACCCCCCAAGGUGCAGGAGAAGUGUCAGCUGGAGAUCAACUUUAACACCCUGCAGACCAGGCUGAGGAUCUCUAACCGGCCCGCCUUCAUGCCCUCUGAGGGACGCAUGGUGUCAGACAUCACCAGCGCGUGGACGGGCCUGGAGCAGGCAGAGAAGGGCUAUGAGGAGUGGCUGCUGAGUGAGAUCAGGAGGCUGGAGCGUCUCAACCACCUGGCUGAGAAGUUCCAGAUGAAGGCUACUACCCACCAGGACUGGUCUGUAGGUAAGGACAGUGUGCUGUCUCAGAAGGACUACGAGUCCUGCUCUCUGACGGAGGUGAGAGCUCUGCUCAGGAAACACGAGGCCUUUGAGAGCGACCUGGCCGCUCACCAGGACAGAGUGGAACAGAUCGCUGCCAUCGCACAGGAACUAAAUGAGCUGGACUACCAUGCUGCCUCCCCCAUCAACGAGCGCUGCCAGGGCAUCUGUGACCAAUGGGACCAGCUGGGAACUCUCACCCAGAAGAGGAGGGAGAACCUGGAGAGGACGGAGAAGCUGCUGGAGACCAUCGACCAGCUGUUCCUGGAGUUCUCCAAGAGGUCAGCUCCAUUUAACAACUGGAUGGAAGGAGCCAUGGAGGAUCUGCAGGACAUGUUCAUAGUUCACACUGUGGAUGACAUCCAGAGCCUGAUCUCAGCCCAUGACCAGUUCAAGGCCACCCUGCCGGAGGCCGACUGUGAGAGACAGGCCAUUCUGAGCAUCUACACGGAGGUGCAGAAGAUCGCCCAGAGCUACGGCAUCUCUCCCAACCUCACCAACCCCUACAGUGACAUCACACCAGCAGAGAUAGGACUCAAAUGGGACAAGGUGAAGAAGCUGGUUCCCCAGAGAAACGGUAUUCUCCAGGAGGAAGUAGCCAGACAACACGCCAACGAACGUCUCAGACGUCAGUUUGCUGCCCAGGCCAACAUCAUCGGACCGUGGAUCCAGACCAGGAUGGAGGAGAUGGGUCGUAGUUCCGUUGACAUCGCAGGUUCUCUGGAGGACCAGAUGAGUCAACUGAAGCAGUUUGAACUGGUCAUCAUCAACUACAAGCCCAACAUCGACAAGCUAGAGGGAGACCAUCAACACAUCCAAGAGUUCCUGGUCUUCGACAACAAACACACCAACUACACCAUGGAGCAUAUCCGUGUGGGUUGGGAGCAGCUGUUGACCACCAUCGCUAGAACCAUCAAUGAGAUCGAGACCCAGAUUCUGACGCGUGACGCUAAGGGCAUCAGCCAGCAACAGAUGAACGAGUUCCGCCAGUCUUUCACUCACUUCGACAGGAAGAAGAAAGGAGGCAUGGAGACAGAUGACUUCAGAGCCUGUCUGAUCUCCAUGGGCUAUGAUCUGGGAGAGUCUGAGUUUGCACGCAUCAUGUCUCUAGUGGAUCCCAACGGGUCCAACAAGGUGACCUUCCAGUCCUUCGUUGACUUCAUGACUAGAGAGACGUCCGACUCAGACACCUCAGAGCAGGUCCUCGCCUCCUUCAAGAUCCUGGCUGCUGAUAAGCCCUUCAUCCUGCUGGAGGAGCUGCGUAGAGAGCUGCCCCCAGAACAGGCAGAGUACUGCAUCGCCAGGAUGCCCCUCUACAAUGGGCCUGAUGGGGUCCCAGGGGCCCUGGACUACACUGUCUUCUCCACUGCCCUCUACGGGGAGAGCGACCUCUAGCUUCACACUCCAGAAAUGCACCCUGACCUCGUAUCAGUCUCGCACCAUUUUUGUUCCACACAUUUACAUUGAAAUGGAUUCAUAUUUUGACCGGUACUAAAAGGUAGUUAUGUUUGAGAAAUACAAAAGCAUUUUAAAGCCGUUUCAUGAGUGUAUGAUUUCUAAAGAGUAGGGAGAAAUAUUUAUUUCAAAGGACUGAGCAGGAUUCAUUCACUGGAUAAAAAAAGAUGACUCAGUAAAUGUGAAAUUACAUGUGAUUCACAUAAAAGUAACUUACACAUUAAAAGUAACUUACACAUAAAAGUAACUUACACAUAAAAAGUAACUUACACAUAAAAGUAACUUACACAUAAAAGUAACUUACACAUAAAAAGUAACUUACACAUAAAAGUAACUUACACAUAAAAAGUAACUUACACAUAAUAGUAACUUACACAUAAAAAGUAACUUACACAUAAAAAGUAGCUUACACAUAAAAGUAACUUACACAUAAGAAAAAGUUACACAAAGUUACACAUAAAAAGUAACUUACACAUAAAAAGUAACUUACACAUUAAAAGUAGCUUACACAUUAAAAGUAACUUGCACAUAAAAAGUAACUUACACAAGAAGCGCUACUAAGUUAUUUGCUAGUUACCGUUGGAGACCUAAAGAUACGAAGUGAUGAGAAGCUUGUAUUGUAACAGUGUUUGCACUCUUCUAAAUUAUUACAUAAAAAACAGGGGACGGUUUUGCCUCAUCUGUUCAGUGCCUAAAAUGAAUGAAAAAUGACCCAGUAUGCUAGUCUGGUCCCAGAUCUGAUCUCACUAGCCUGGUCCCAGAUCUGAUCUCACCUAGUCUGGUCCCAGAUCUGAUCUCACUAGCCUGGUCCCAGAUCUGAUCUCACCUAGCCUGGUCCCAGAUCUGAUCUCACCUAGUCUGGUCCCAGAUCUGAUCUCACUAGCCUGGUCCCAGAUCUGAUCUCACUAGCCUGGACCCAGAUCUGAUCUCACAGCCUGGUCCCAGAUCUGAUCUCACAGCCUGGUCCCAGAUCUGAUCUCACAGCCUGGUCCCAGAUCUAAUCUCACUAGCCUGGUCCCAGAUCUGAUCUUGCCAGCCUGACCCCAGAUCUGAUCUCUCUAGCCUGAGCCCAGAUCUGAUCUCGCCAGCCUGGCCCCAGAUCUGUUUGUGCUCUAAUUCACCCAGGCUACAUUAUAAUCCAUCCAGGCUGCAUUAUAAUCCACCCAGGCUACAUUAUAAUCCACCCAGGCUGCAUUAUAAUCCACCCAGGCUACAUUAUAAUCCACCCAGGCUACAUUAUAAUCCACCCAGGCUACAUUAUAAUACACCAAGGCUACAUUAUAAUCCCCCCAGGCUACAUUAUAAUCCAUCCAGGCUGCAUUAUAAUCCACCCAGGCUACAUUAUAAUUCACCCAGGCUACAUUAUAAUCCACCCAGGCUACAUUAUAAUCCACCCAGGCUACAUUAUAAUCCACCCAGGCUACAUUACAAUCCACCCAGGCUACAUUAUAAUUCACCCAGGCUACAUUAUAAUCCACCCAGGCUACAUUAUAAUCCACCCAGGCUACCAGUAUGUCAGAACUGCAGUGCUGUUUAUUGUCAAAACGAGUGAAAACUUGUGUUUCAUGAUUGGAGUCGAGUUUCCCCUAAAGGCUCAUGUUGAGUCAGUCUAGCAUUUCUCCCAUUAAUGUUUAGGGUUAAGCUUGGGGGAGGAGAAGCUGAUCCUAGGUCUGUACCGAGGGGAAACUUUCACCCCCAGAGACUCAUGAUUGGACAGUAACUAGGCUGUGUUUGAUGCCAGAAACAAAAUAAUGUAACUGUAAAAUAACAAACUGUUUGUCUGGGUAAAACUACAAUCUUAGUCUCCUCAAGAACGCUGGUGUGGAAUCUGAAGCUAUGAAGAGUUUCUAGUGUAAGACGAAGGAGCAGAAAAUAAACUCAGUGA